AUGGCGGCUACAGCUGCACGUUGCAUUCGUUCUCUGUCCCGUUCUUCAACUGUGGUGAGCUCUGAGAUCAUAUCUUUUUUUAUGUUUUCAGUUUUAAGAUUUAGUUAAAUCAUAUGAUUACCUUUUGCAGCUGUCUUCAAGCAUCACGAGGCAUACUUCACAAAGUAAGUUUUCCUCCAGUGGAGUGAUUGUAUUUUGUGAACAUUGUAUGAUGAGCCGACGUUAUCGACGUUAUAUCCUUUAACCGGAUUAUAAAUCAGGUUGUUUUAAUCUAGUUGUUAGACCUUCUGUCAACGAAACUAAAGCUUCUUUUCCUCACUGAACUAAGUAGCCCUGCAUUCUGUAGUAUUCUGUGGUUGUCCCCAACCUAUAUCAACGGUAGUUGUGAGAGUUUACCUUUUCAUCACUGAUCAGUACAUUGUGGUGUCUGAUGACCUCCAUUCUCCUUUUGUCUCCCAGUGUAAUUCUAAUGAUAUUGUCAACAAGUAAAUUGUCACCAAAUACUUCAUGAUUAUUUUUGGUUAAGAGAGUCAAUAGUAAGAAAAGCACACGUUAAUUAUGUAAUACACAGCAUCAUUAGGGUGUAAAAUGGCCUAAUAUUAACAGAAAAAAAUGCACUUUAUUUGAGUGUCAAUUAGCCUGCGCGCAGACGAAAUUAAACUCUGGUUAACUCCGUCUGCGAAACAGCGCCGAAAUCCUUGUUCUGGACUUCCAGCUGUGUACCCAGAUUUGAGUACGCGCCACGAUUGGCCAGUUAAAAAAGGCCUUUGUUUUGUUUGUCGUGAUCGCCAAUCAGGUUGAAGGGGAAUUCGAAACGCACUUCCGGUAAUUCGUUGAGUCGGCUGGCGGUCCAGAACAAGGAUCUCUGCGCUGCUUCGCAGAUGGUACUAAUCAGAGUUUAGUUAUCGUCUGCACGCAGGCUAAGUGUCAAUACACUUAGCACAAAAGUAUUGACUAGGGACACUCUUUUUUGAUCUCCAACUGGAAAUAAGACUGCCAUUUUACAUGGUCAUCCAAGCAACACGAAGGUCUAGCUACUUGUAAUGCAAAGGGAGUACAUUCAUUUCUCAUUUAUUUUAACCCUUGGACGUACACGCAAAUUCGUACCCCCACCAUAGUAUAAUUCCCAGCAAGAAAAACCAAUCUGUCCUAAACGCAACAAUUAGUUCCCACAAAAAACAAAAAAUCGCCAAUCCGCAAAAAAUAAACUCCUGCAAAAAUUUUGUGCCACAUGGUAUGCUCUUUAUUUUACUCAACAGGAUCUAUGUUAGCCUCUUCAUCGCCACAGCUGAAAUCAUUUGUUAGUACUGAGAGUGGAUUGUGAGUAGUGUUAUUAUUAUAAAACUGCCUGUUAAAUUAUUUAUUUAAAUUUCUUUAUUCUUACCAAGAUUACCCUCAUGGUCAUCAUUAUGUCCUUGAAAUCCUAGCAUAAAUAAUCAAUAUGAGAACCAGUUAUGAUGCGUUUGGGAAUGAUUUUUUUCACUUGCAAAGCCUCAGUCUAAUCCAUUCCUAGUAUACUUCAUUUUUCAAUUUAAAAAAUCACAAACCAGUUGAGCUUUACAAGUGCAUUGUUGUUACAUAAUGACUGUUUUAUUUUCUUGUUUUGACUCCUUAUACAAUUUUUUAGAUUAAAAGGAUCAAGAAAUGUUGCAAUUUCAUCGAGGUUAAAUAUCAGCAAAAGAUUUGCACCAUCUUUCUUUGUCUGUAAGUUUGUGCCUUUUAUGUAACCUUUUAAGUCUCAAGAGUGACCAAAGUCAAUUUUCUCCCAACAAAAUCAAUACAUAAUCAAAGGAAAAUGUUGUGAGAAUCAAUAAAAUAAUCACUUGAUGGGAAAAGCUUUGAUCUGCUAUCAAAUUCUUUUAACCAAUUCUUGCAGGAAAUGUAUGGAGAUCAGUCUGGAGAGUUUGUAUUUAAAUACUGGGGCUUAAAGGGAUAGUGUAAUACCGUAAAAUUCCAAAAAUAAGCCCCUCCUUGUAUAAGCCCCUCCAAAUACAUGUAUGUGCCCCACAAAUUCAUAAUGCAAAAACUCUCCGUUACAUCGCCCCUCCAAAUAUAAGCCCCCUGGGGGGCUUGUACUUGGAAAUUGCCCUCAAAUACAAAGUAAAACAAAGCAAAAACAGUAAAUUUCCUCCCUACUAUAAGGUUAGCCCAAUCAAUUUUAAAACCCAAAUUUUCCUCAGUAGAUAAGCCCCUCCAAAAAUAAGCCCCUUAAAGAGGGCCUUUGAAAAGUAUAAGCCCCGGGGUUUAUUUUCGGAAUUUUAUGUACUGUUUUGCAAUAAUUAAUAUUGCAAAUAUUGCUAUAAAAGAUUGCAAAUGGGCUCCUUGGGCACUUUCACUCGCUGAAUACCAGAGAAAAGAGGCCCUAUCUGCUAGUAGGGAAUGCACAGACCUGAAUUUUGGCAAUAAUGUUUGCAUAUAAAUUUAUUAUCUUCAAUCAGAUUUCAAGUUUUCUACUUUGUUGAAUAGUUUUUGAUUUUUAUAUUUCAUGGUGUGACUAUAUGAAAUUAGCAAUACUUUGAACUAAGAAUAAGGCUGUCAAGGUGUUACUGUUAGAACUAAGCACUAUUGUUGUGUCACAAGCUUUUCCUUUAAACUAUUGUUCUGUCUACAGGUAAUGUAGCCCAGGCCUGUCCUCUAUCGAUUGACGUGGGCUGUGAAGUGAGUGAUGCUUUAGAUGGUAACCUUGGAGAUGAUGAUGGUGAUACUUGGUCUCAGAGUGAUGAUGAACCCUAUCAAGGCGACACCUAACACAGACUCACUGAAGACAAAAAAUUUUGGAUAAAUUGAUUUUAAUGCAGUCAACAAGACAACAGAGCAUUGUUUUAUUCUAUAGACUUGCAACUUUUGUC